GUGACGACGUAAGAGAAUAAAUCACCUCAUUUCAUCCUCUGGGUGAAGACCAAAUGGUCUAGGGAUAUAGGGAAUGGGAAAGACCGCCGCGGACGAGGACCAGCGACCUAACCGCGAUCAAUCUGUUCCCAGAAACGUCUACGGAAACAUUUCAUUCGGGGGUUCCUAUGUUGGUCCCUCGUGCGCCAAGUUCAGAUGUUUUGGUUGCUAGUUGCAGCUUUCACGAGAGGUUCUCGUCAUACGGAAUGGUAAUGUUGACAAAAAUUUCCUUGACUGUGCCCGAUCUAUCAACACAAUAUCAGGCUUAUUCGCUAGAAUUGUUUGGUCUGUGGUGAUGGCCCGGGCCCAGUAGAGCCUGGCCCCGUCAUUUUUGAACAUGGCUUCCGGCAUGUAUUUAUGAUGAGGCAGUUUCUAAACCACGUAACCAUAUUUUAGAGCGAGCUCUUAAUGUAGGAUAUCUCCGAUUUUAAAAUCAUCAUCAUCAUCAUCAUUACAGCCCUUCACAAGUCCACUGCUGAACAUAGGCCUCCCCCAAAGAAUGCCACAAAACACGGUCCUGAGCCACCUGCAUCCAUCGACUUCCUGCAUGUCUUACCAGGUCGUCACUCCAUCUCGUGGGGGGACGCCCUACACUUCGCCUACCGGUACGAGGCUGCCACUCGAGAACCUUUCUUCCCCAUCGGUUGUCGGUUCUUCGAGCUAUAUGGCCGGCCCACUGCCACUUCAGCUUACUAAUCCGUUGGGCUAUGUCGGUCACUCUGGUUCUACUGCGGAUAUCCUCAUUCCUAAGUUUAUCACGCAGAGAAACUCCGAGCAUAGCCCUCUCCAUAGCUCGCUGAGCGACCUUGAGCUUCCUCAUACGGCCAGCAGUGAAGGACCACGUCUCAGUUCCGUAAGUCAUCACUGGCAACACGCACUGGUUGUACAAUUUCGUUUUAAGGUUUUGAGGUAUGUCUGACGAGAAGAUGUGUCGUAGCUUCCCGAACGCUGCCCAGCCGAGUUGAAUCCGUCGAUUGACCUCUCGGUCGAAGUUGGACUUACCCAGUCGGACUAUUUGUCCCAGGUAAACAUACUCGUCAACAACUUCGAGCUUAGUGUUCCCAACAACUAUCGGCAUAGGUGUGACAUGGACAUUAAACAUGAUCUUAGUUUUGUCCAUGUUCAUCUUAAGACCUAUCCGUUGGGAAACACUAUUGAGGUCAUUGAGCAUAGUGCUUAGGUCCUCCAGCGAUUCUGCCAUAAGGACUAUAUCGUCGGCAAAUCGAAGGUGAGUGAUGUACUCGCCAUUGAUGUUGAUACCGUAUCCUUUCCAGUCCAGAAGCUUGAAAACGUCUUCCAAUGCAGCGGUGAAGAGUUUCGGGGAUAUGACGUCACCCUGUCUUACACCUCUCUGCAAUUGGAUAGGUUUCGUACUCUGGUUCUGUACUCGGAUAGCCAUCGUAGCCCUACUGUACAAGCACUUCAACACUUCGAUAUACCGACAGUCAACUUGGCACCGCUGAAGGGACUGCAGCACCGCCCAAAUUUCGACGGAAUCAAAGGCUUUCUCAUAGUCCACAUACGCCAGACAUAGUGGCAAAUUGUACUCUUCGGACUUCUGUACAACUUGCCGAAGGGUAUGUAUGUGGUCUAUGGUGCUAAAGCCCUUUCGAAAACCGGCUUGUUCGGGAGGCUGGAAGUCGUCAAGUCUGCGCGCGAGACGAUUCGUAAUGACUCUCGAAAACAGCACGUAGACGCGGCUCAGAAGGGAAAUCGGUCUGUAGUUCUUCAAAAGAGCGUUGUCACCUUUCUUGAAGAACAAGACCACCGCACUUCUGCUCCACGCCUCCGGUGUAAUGCCACCAUGGAGGACGGAAUUAAAGAGCUUCUGAAGGACUUCAAGUACCGGUCUUCCACCCGCUUUCAGAAGCUCCGCUGUAAUUCCAUCCUCGCCUGGGGCCUUACCGUUUUUAAGGUGCUGGAGAGCCAUCCUAAUCUCGCUCAGACUGACAUCCGGGAUAUCUUCGGAAUAGUGUCGGAUGAGACUCGCUCUUGGAUCGUUACUCACACUUGCGUGUGGCUCCAACGAUGAUGUGUACAGCUGCCCAUAGAACCUCUCAAUCUUACUCAAAAUCUCAGGUGUCCCGGAAACGAUGCUGCCACAUUCUGUCUUCAGCUUUGACAGUUGGCUCUUUCUGGCAGACAGAGAUCUGGCAAAGACUUUGGAGCCUUGGUUCCGCUCGAUCGCUUCUUCAAUACGAGCUGUAUUGAAGUUGCGUAAGUCCCGCCGCAUGCAUUUGGAGAUCUGUCUGUUCAGAUGCCUGUAUGCUGUCAAGUCUGUUGAAGAAUGUAGCUUCAUCUCCCGUCUAACAGCCAUGAGAUUAAGAGUGUGAUCGGAGAGUUUUUGUGUUCUUCUGCGGCGGGUCUUGCAGAACUCAGCUCCAACCGCAUGGACAGUUUCCACGAGCUUGUCAUUCAUAUCGUCCACUUCAUUGCAGUCUUCUAGGCACUGAAAACGGUUUUGUAACUCGAGCUGAAAGGUUUCGGGACUUUGAAACAGAGCACGAGGGGGACGGAGCGUUGACUUCAUUAGACGAGACCUCUCCAACUUAACGUUUAGGUUCAGUGUGCCUCUAACCAUUCGGUGAUCGCUACCAGUUUUCACCCUCGCGAUCACGGAGACAUCACUGAACAGUUGUCGUCUGGUCGUCAUAAUGAAGUCAAUCUCAUUUUUUGUGGAACCGUCGGGGCUCGACCAGGUCCACUUCCUGUGGGGCCGCUUCUGGAAGAAAGAGUUCAUCAUAAAGAGUCCCUCUUUCUCCAUGAAGUCGGCCAGCUGCUGGCCCCUUGGGUUCCGUUGCCCUAUUCCAAAUUUCCCUACUUUCAGUUCACCGUUCUCUCUUGUGCCUAGUUUUGCAUUGAAGUCUCCCAUUAACACCGUAUAUUGGGUUUUGGAGGAAUGCAUGGCUCUAGAGAUAUCCUCAUACAUUUCCUCCACCUCCUCAUCGGGGUGUGCCGAGGUUGGUGCGUAAACCUGUAUGACCUUCAGCGAAUACCGUUUGGUGAUUCUGAGUAUAAGGUACGCAACCCUCGUCGACACACUCCCGAUGUUUACAACGUUGUUAACGAGAGACUUGUGGACGAUAAAUCCGACACCUCCUUGGGACAGAUGGUCGCCCUCCCGGUGAUAGAGCAAGUUGCCGGAUUCGAGGAUUACCGUGUCCUCCCCCUCUCUCCGGACUUCAGAUAAUCCUAUAAUAUGCCAGCGCAACUUGUCUAUCUCUUCUUCCAGCUCCACGAUCUUCUCGUCAGUCCUCAGGGUGCGUGCGUUGUACGUUGCCAGGUCGAGUCGUCUAAGGUGGCAACCGAACCUCCACCGGAGAUUCUUAGCACCCCCUGCCCCGCCGUUACCAUGGUCGCCACCGUAGCCAGGAAUAGCGGGGCCGCCGGGGACUGGGGGCCGUUUUUUUGUUGCUCUCAUCAUUGGGGGGUAUUUGCCAUAGUUGCCACGCUUGGCGAGCGGGUUGGCAACCGCAGUUUUUUUUUAUUGUCAUUUGGCUAUUAUCAGGAAGAUGCUGCUGCCCAUCUCCUGGCUGUUUCCCUUUGUCGCCUUUUACGACACCCACGGGAGGAUAUGGGGUAGUGGAUAUUCUUGACCGCCACUACACGGCAAUUUUAAAAUAAGUUAUAUCAAAUAUUGUAUAUAUUUGAUAUAUUUGAUAUGGAUCCCCACAAAAGAGAAAUAUCUGAUACUGUGAUCGCCGAACGUGGUAAUUUCGGAUAAUUGUCCCUUUUAUAAGAGAGACCCAUCAGAGGCUGGUGAUGUGAAAAUAGGGAGAUUAUUAAAUGCAGUUAUAAAAUAGUUUAAAGAAUUGUCUAUUUUUUUGUAACAGAUUAGCCAGCUAACUGUGGUCCCGGCGUUACUGGUCGCGCUUUGCAAACAUCAAUCCUAUCAUGAUGUCAGUUCGAUCAAACUGAUGUACUCCGGUGGAUCACCACUCCACAGCGAUACUAUUAAUGCUGUACGAAAAAGAUUUCCAAAGCUGAAAGCUGUAUUACAAGGCUAUGGAAUGACUGAAGCAACUCUUGGAGUUACGCGGGAUACUUACGAAAUGGCGCACCUAGCAAAGCCAGGUGGAGUUGGAUAUGUCGUCAAGAAUACUAUUAUAAAGGUUGUAGAUAUAAAAACGAGAAAACCCUUAGGUCCAAAUCAGACAGGUGAAAUAUGCGUGAAAGGAGUCCUGAUAAUGAAAGGCUACAUAGG